AUGACUCAGGCAUCAAGUCCUCUUGGGCACACACCAGUUUGCUUCCCAACUCAGAUUUUCUUCCUACAACAGUCAUUUAUCUCAGUCAUGAAUCUCUCCUCCAACCCGACACCCUAUCACCAACGACAAACAAUAACUACCACAGACCUGCACAAGCUGAAGUACAGUAUCAUUCAAAAGCCAUGCGUCAAGUUCGAGUUCAAGAAGCUGAGGUUAUGAGAACAUGCGCACAGGAGGUGUCUCUGGAUGAAGUCGAACUGGAGUGGAGGCUCGUGCAAGACCUGAAAAGGAAUGUACCAGCUCAACACGUGACCAAGGGGUCAGUGUUGGCAAUUGUCGUUGACAUGACCGAACCGAAGGGGCACAUACGAGUUUACGACAGCCAAGACGAAGAAAUCGGUGUGGUGCAGGGCCAGGCCAACAGAGGCUGGAUGGUAAUCAUCCCGUGGACACCUGGGUGGCAAUACGUCUUGUACGGCACAAGCUGCCGCGUCGC